GGGGCUGCUCCGAGAGAAUAAGGCCGGCGGGAGGCGAGGAAGAAGCGGCGCCGGGGGUCACGCGAAGCCCGGGACCAGAGGGGGGGCGUGCGGAGGGCUGCGCGCCCGCGGGAGGGGAGGGAAUGUGAGCGCGCUGUCCGGUGGUUCGAAUCCCCCCUCCCCGCGAGAGCCGGAUCGCAGGGCUCCGGAGACGAAAGCUAGGACGGCGAUGGCGGAUUCGAUCCAUCGGUGCCAGGUCGAAGGCAUCUUGCAAGUCCUGUGCGCCUCGGGCGGCUGCCUGGAGGAGAGCGAGCUCGCCGGGCGCCUGAACCUUCAGGGCAGACCGGAGCGCUUGGCCCAGCUGCUAAAGGACACGAGGAAAUUCACGGUGGUGACCCGAGAGGAGGCCCCUUCCGAGGACACCGCCCGGAGCCGAGACCAUCGGGUCGUGGUGGCCACCACCGCCCUGCGCCUGUGCCCCGACCACGGCAGGAGGCAGUGCGCGGGGUCCUGCCGGCAGCUCCACCUUUGCCGGUACUUCGUGUACGGCGGAUGCCGCCUUCAGGGAACGAGGAAAGAAUGCAAGUUCAUCCAUGAAAUUCAUUCACCCCAUAACCUCUCAGUCCUUAAAGAAUAUGAGCUGGAAAGUUUAAGCUGUGAUCACUUAUGUCAGCUCCUGCUUCAGAAUGAUCCUUCACUCUUGCCUGAGAUAUGUCCGUACUAUAAUAAAGGGGAUGGACCCUAUGGGUCUUGUAGCUUCAAGAAGGUCUGUGUCAAACUUCAUAUAUGCCAGUACUACCUUCAGGGACAAUGCAGAUUUGGAAGCGACUGCAGGCGUUCACAUGACGUUUUUAAUCCAGAUUGUUACGAGAAGCUGGAGAAGUGGGGAAUGAGUCGGGCUCUGAUUAGUAAGAUUCCCUCAGUGUACAGGAAUGUAUAUGACAUCAAAAAUAAAGCAACAGUCCCUUCAGAAAGAAGAGAGAACAGUGGUCAGGUAGCAUCAGCUACAAAUAGCAUUGAUGAGUCGGAUAUGAUUUGCUUGUACCACAUUAGGAAAAGCUGUAGCUUUCAAGAUAAAUGUAUUCGAGUUCACUUCCACCUACCAUAUAGGUGGCAAGUUUUUGAUGGAAUUCAUUGGAAAGAUCUGGACAAUAUGGAGAAAAUUGAGCAAGCCUACUGUGAUCCAUUUAAUGAGAGAUUUGCAAGUAAUAAUGCUGGGGAAAACUUCAAGUCUCUAACCAUUGAUUUCUGCAAAAUGACUUGUGGUAGUAACAAACUUCGGCGCCUCUCCACCGCAUCGUCUGUGACAAAGGCCCCACACUAUAUUCUGACAACUGACUGGAUCUGGUAUUGGAAAGAUGAAUAUGCUAUGUGGAGUGAAUAUGGAGUACAAGAUGUGGAUCAUGCUUCUGCUACAUUAUCCAGUUUUGACUUGGAGAAAGCUUAUCAGUACGAUGCAUCUCAGACACUCAAGUUCUCAGCUGGGAGACAUGAAUAUGAGAUUGACUUUAAAGCCAUGAAACAAAAAAACUUGCGUUACAAGACCGAACGAAGUGUUUGUCGGCGACCUAAAUUUGUGUCUCUGAAAGAAGUUGCGAAGAAGAAAUCCAGAGGAGCUGAACAGUCGAAAGGAAGCUCAACACAUAUUCCAGGCCACUGGGACCGAUCUGCCUUGCCAGAUCUGGGAUUUAAGCUGAUCACUGUUCUUCCAUCUUCUAAGGAGUAUAAAAUGGUCCAGAUUAACUUUCUGCGUACAUUGCCCAAAGCAACAAUUGUGUCAAUCAAAAGAAUCCAGAAUGUGGCUCUCUGGGAGGUGUAUCAAUGGCAGAAAGAACAAAUGAAGAAAGCAAAUGGAGGAAAGGAUGUGGACGAAAGACAGUUGUUUCAUGGGACGAGCAAGAGCCAUGUCGACGCAAUUUGCCAGCAGAACUUUGACUGGAGAAUCUGUGGUGUUCACGGUACAGCUUAUGGCAAAGGAAGUUACUUUGCAAGAGAUGCCUCAUAUUCUGAUAACUACAGCAAAAGCGAUUCUACCAUUAAGACCAUGUUUUUGGCCAAAGUUUUGGUGGGAGAGUUUACCUGUGGUUCAUCUUCCUAUCUCCGCCCUCCGGCCAAAGAUAGCAAGAACACUGCCUUCUAUAACAGUUGUGUGAAUGAUCUCAAGAAUCCAUCCAUCUUUGUCAUCUUUGAGAAACACCAGAUUUACCCUGAAUACUUGAUAGAAUACAGUGGACCCUCGACUUACAGACGGCUCGACUUACAGAGUUUUCUAAUUGCAAACUCCUCUGGCCCCAAAAUUUAGGUUCGACUUGCAGCCAGAGAAUCGACUUACAGACCAGAAAAAAACCAAAAUGGAA